GAACUUGUGUGCAUUCCUGCCCGAGGCACGAGAGCGUGGGAUGCCGGGUUUCGGGCUGAUCCGUCGUGGUGCUUCUUCCAUCGGAAGUAUCCUCUUGUUCCUGCACCACGAGGUAUCCGCCCUGUUGUGGUUCUGCACAUCGCUCGUAGCUAGUAUUACUCGCUCUGUAGUAUCUAGCUUGCUCUUUUGUUGUUCUGCCUCUGCCCGUCAUCAGCCUUUCCAGUCUGCCCUCCUUCCAACUCUCAUCAUGGUUGGCACCCGUCGCUUCCCUCGGCCGCUAACCCCUGUUCCCGAUUCUUCUGGCGAUUCGCCUGCGGCCCCACCCGCCGUCGACCUCGCUGACUUGGCGGAUUUGGCGGAAAACACAGCUCCGGGGCCUCCACGCCUUGGCAGCGUUAUCUGCCCAUCUGACGAGCAGGCUGAAGAGGAUGGCUUACUCUCCCCCGUGCAUCUUUCCCGCGGCAGAGUUCGCAUUCGCUCUGGGAGUUCCCCAGGCUCUCCUGCCCCUCCUGCCUCCAAGAAAUCCAAAGGGAAGCAGAAGGCCUUCCCUCCUGACUUCCAUGGCUUCUCCCCCAACACGCCCUUAGUGGGGCCUUCAGCCCCACCCUCGCCUGCUCCUUCAGGCCUAACCCUGCGCAGGGAGGGACAACAAAAGAGCAAGCUAGAUACUACAGAGCGAGUAAUACUAGCUACGAGCGAUGUGCAGAACCACAACAGGGCGGAUACCUCGUGGUGCAGGAACAAGAGGAUACUUCCGAUGGAAGAAGCACCACGACGGAUCAGCCCGAAACCCGGCAUCCCACGCUCUCGUGCCUCGGGCAGGAAUGCACACAAUUUCGGGCUUUGACGUGGCAGGGAGGAGAAGUUGUGUGCAGUGCAGG